AUGCCCCCCACCCGCGCCCCCUGGCGCGCCGCCUUCCUCGAGCACCUCAGCCGGACCCCCACCCCAACCUUCACGCUCGCAACCCUCGCCACAGCCACAACCGUAGCCGGAGCCCCCGCCGCCCCGCGCGCACGCACCUGUGUCUUCCGCGGGCUGUGGGCGUCCGGCCUGCCUCCCAACCCACACAACAACAACCCGGCACCGCUCAACCCUCCGGGGGUGUACGAAUCCGACCUGCCCGUGUUCACGACCGACGCGCGGUCGGGGAAGGUCGGCGAGCUGGGGGUCGGCGAGCUGGGUGUCGGAGAGGGGGCGGUGAUGAUGAUGACCGGGGGCGGGGGCGCCGUGGAGGCCGUGUUCUGGGUGGAUCAUCCGGAGGCGCGUACGCAGUGGCGGGUGAGGGGCCGGGCGUGGGUUCUGGCGGGGGAUGCGGAUGGGGAUGGGGAGGGGGCGAGGGUGGUGAGGGGGGUUUUGGAGGGGAGGAUGAGGAGGGUGGAUGGUGAGAGGGGAGGAGCGGGGUGGAGCUUUGCGAGGGAGGUGACGGCGCAUUUUGGGAAUCUGAGUCCCCUCAUGAGGGGCUCGUUCAGGGCGCCGCCGCCGGGGGUGCCGCUGGCAGCGUAUCCCGCGGGAAAGGGGGAUGAGUUGGGGCAGAGGGUGGAUGAUGUGGAGGAUGAGGCCGCGAGGAGGAACUUCAGGGUUGUGGUGAUCGUGCCGGAGGAGGUGGAUCAGGUGGAUUUGAGGGAUGAGCUGCGGGCAAGGAGAUGGCUGUAUGUGUAUCGGGGCGUGGACGGCGUGUCAAAGCUGCCUGGUGGGGAGGUCAUUGGGGAGUGGGAGAAGGUUGAGGUCUGGCCGUGA